CGACCGCCGCUGGACGUCGGUGGGUAAGUAACGUUAGCUAGUUGUUAGCUCAGAGGAGCAGAACAGAGCUCCGCUUAAAACCGAUUUUGCGGUUAAACGCAUCGUUUCACCAGCAGCGGACUGGAGGCACCGACGGACGGGAGGGUCCAGAAUUAAUGGGACGAGCCGAGGAAACCGGAGUUCUGUUGGGUUUCAGUGAGAGGCUCCUCAUGAGAGACAGUGUGUGUGUAUCCUGAGGAGGAGGAAGAGACGUUGAACAUCUGAGAGAAUGUGAAGCUGAAGGAUCAGAGGAGCUGUCACUCAAAACAGGACCACGCCCCCUCCCCCCACCGUCAGCCAAUCAGCACGCGGCCUGGAGGACCAUCAUGCACCUGAAGUCUCACCCUAAGCUCGCCCGCUCAGAGUUGCGUCUUGGCGCGUCCGGCGUUCAGGCGUCUCUGUGCAGCCUGUUUGUGAGGACAUGCAGCGGUAGCCAUGGCAACAUCAGCAGCAGCCGGCUCCCGCUCGGAUUCAUCGGCAAGAACAAAGUGGUGGUCACCGAGGAGGACGCCGACGCACCGCCGGACAUCUGGACUGUCAUCAGGCCCGGUCACGUGCGAGAGAAGAUCGCCAUCUAUGCCUCGGACUCGCGUGACUCGCCCGGCCCCGUGACGGGACUCUUACGGGCCGGGAAGGUGAAGGGAAGCUGGGAGGAGAACUGCGGCUUCAAGAGGCGCCGCAGGUCAGGGAGCAACCAGAAGCUCCAGAGGAACCGGGUCCAGGAUGCACUGCAUCCGUCUCCAUGGCAAUCCGGCAGCGAGGCGCUGACGGAGGAGCAGAAGGUCUCGGUGGUGGAGAUGGUGGCGUUCCUGGAGCAGAGAGCCAGUGAGAAGCAGCUAGACUCCAAACCACUGCUAACCCUGCAGAGGAGCUCCACCACCCUCACACUGUCCAGAGCUCCGCCCCCGGAGGUCAGGGAGGAGGAGCCAGAGAGCGUCAGGGUGUCUGACAUGGUGGCCAAGCUUGAGUCCGAGUCUCUGAAGAGACGGUCGGAGGGAGAUCUGUCGAGGAGCAACAGCCUGAGGGCGGUGGGACGUGCGCUGCCCGCCGCUGGAGAUCAGAGCCCCGCCCCCUGCCAGCCUUCAUCAAUGACGUCAUCGCCAGUGGCUCAGAGUUUGGGCAGAGUGCCAACCGGCUACCCAGAACCAGCUCCGUCCACGCCCCCCUCGGUUAAGGCCCAGGGGGUGCAGACGCCGAGAGGAGCCCCGCCCCCUCUGCUCAAGGAGGCAGAGCCUCUGCCAGGCUUGUUGUUUCUGUCUCCACCUACCACCCCACAGCCCCGCCCCCCUCAUUACGGAAUUACCUACAGCACGGAGCACCACCCACAUCCUCCCGGUUUGGACUCCAGCGGCCAAUCUGAGAAGAGGAGGAGGGCGGAUCAGCCCCUGGACGAGGAGGACGCCGCUAAUGUGCCUCCGAAUCGGCGUGCGUCACAGGACUUCCUGACAACACGGCGCCGCCUGCAACAGCUGCUGGAGCCGCGGCCGUUCCUCGCCGCGCUGCCGCCCCACCUCCUGCUGGCUGUGCUGCGGCUGCUGCCCACGCGGAGCCUCGCCGCGCUGAAGUGCAGCUGCCGGUACUUCUGCUUUGUCAUCAACAACUAUGGCGUGCGACCCGCCGACUCGCUGUGGGUGUCUGACCCCCGGUACCGCGACGACCCCUGCAAGCAGUGCAAGAGGCGGUACGGGCGUGGCGACGUGUCGCCGUGCCGCUGGCACCACAAGCCGUUCUGCCAGGCGCUGCCCUACGGGCCCGGCUACUGGAUGUGUUGCCACGGCGCGCACAGGGACGCGCCCGGCUGUAACGUUGGUCUCCAUGACAACCGCUGGGUGCCGGCGUUCCACAGCAUGAACGUGCCGAUUUACAGGACGAGCAACCACUGACUGUGUGUGUGAGAACUACAGUUCCCAUCAUGCAACAUUAAAAAAGUCCUUACCUGCAGCUCCUCCGUCUCCUCAUGGCUCCGUCACACGAUCGGAGCAGGAGGAGGAGUCUCAGACAGGACCUCCCCCAGCUCCUCUUCUUCACUUUCUUCCUCUCUGUCAUCCUCCUCACUGCUGCUCAGAUGAUGUAAACCUAUAUUUCAUAUCUUGAUUUGAACUAAACUGUAAUGGAUUGAUUAUGAUCGUUGAUGCUGACUGUUCAGACCCCUCUCUUCAUCUUCAUCACGAUGAAGAGUCAGGUCACUACAGAAUGAUCAAUCAGCUGUUCUUAACAGAUCAACUGCUGCCUUUGAGGAGGCGGAGCCUCAGAGGGAUUUAAUCUGCACCUUGUUUGUGUUUACACUUGUACAUAAAUCAUAAAGUCUAAAGGAAACAUGAGCUUCAAUCAGCUGAUCGAUAAUCAUCUUAUUGUUUGAAGGGAAAAAGGAAAACGUGGCCUUGUGUCCGGAGACGCUGCAAUAUUACAGAUUAUAUAUAUAUAUAAAAAGGUUUUGUUUUUAGAGUUGGUGGUUUUCAGGCUGCACUUCCUGUUUAAUAAAGAGCUUUCUCAUCUUG